AUGAAAAGAAAACAGAAAAGAUUUCUGCAAAUGACACUGCUAUUCCUGGUGACUCUAAUAUUCCUGCCAAAUAUUGGACUCUGGUCUUUGUAUAGGGAAAAACAUUUUAUGAAAUCCACAGUGCUGGGAGAGCAGCAGACUUUGCCAGUGAGGUUUGGAGAUGGACAAUUGUAUACCUGGACAGAUGGUUUGAAAAGAAAGGACUGGCAUGACUAUGAACGUAUUCAAAAAGAUGCCAUGCGUUUAGGGAAAGGUGAACAAGGAAAGCCAUAUCCUGUCACAGAAGAAGACAGUGAUGAUUCUGCUUAUCGGGAAAAUGGUUUCAAUAUUUUUGUAAGCAACAAUAUAGCCUUGGAACGAUCACUGCCAGACAUUCGACAUCCUAACUGUAAGGACAAGGUAUACUUGGAGAAGCUCCCAAACACUAGUAUAAUUAUCCCAUUUCAUAAUGAAGGUUGGACUUCACUUUUGCGGACUAUACACAGCAUUAUCAACAGGACACCAAAUAGCCUGAUAGCAGAAAUUAUUCUUGUGGAUGACUUCAGUGAUAGAGAACAUUUAAAAGAGAAACUGGAGGAAUAUAUGGCUCAUAUUGACAAAGUGAGAAUUGUGCGUACCAAGAAGCGGGAAGGACUUAUUCGCACCAGAUUACUUGGAGCUUCAAUAGCUAAAGGAGAAGUAUUGACUUUUCUAGAUUCACACUGUGAAGUUAAUGUGAACUGGCUACCUCCUUUACUAAACCAGAUUGCACUGAACCAUAAAACUAUUGUAUGUCCUAUGAUCGAUGUCAUUGACCACAAUCACUUUGGGUAUGAGGCACAAGCAGGGGAUGCCAUGCGUGGAGCCUUUGACUGGGAAAUGUAUUACAAAAGAAUACCAAUUCCACCGGAGCUCCAAAGGACUGAUCCCAGUGACCCUUUUGAAUCUCCUGUUAUGGCUGGAGGCCUCUUUGCUAUUAACCGACAGUGGUUUUGGGAUCUUGGUGGCUAUGACCCUGGAUUAGAAAUCUGGGGAGGAGAACAGUAUGAAAUAUCAUUCAAGGUCUGGAUGUGUGGAGGUGGCAUGUUUGACGUUCCAUGUUCUAGAGUUGGGCACAUCUAUAGGAAAUAUGUUCCAUAUAAAGUCCCAUCUGGUACCAGUUUAGCAAGGAAUCUGAAACGUGUGGCAGAAACUUGGAUGGAUGAGUUUGCUGAAUAUGUUUAUCAGAGGCGACCUGAAUACAGACAUCUUUCCACUGGUGAUAUUUCAGCCCAGAAAGAGCUUCGCAAGCAUCUCAAGUGCAAGGAUUUCAAGUGGUUCAUGGCUGCAGUGGCCUGGGACGUCCCCAAAUAUUUUCCACCAGUGGAGCCGCCACCUGCUUCCUGGGGAGAGAUUCGAAAUGUGGCAGCUAAUCUCUGUAUGGACAGUAAGCAUGGUGGAACAGGCACUGAACUCAGACUAGAUAUAUGUGUGAAGGAUGGUUCUGAACGGACAUGGUCACAUGAGCAGCUGUUCACCUUUGGUUGGAGAGAAGACAUCCGUCCAGGAGAACCUCUUCACACCCGAAAAUUCUGCUUUGAUGCAAUUUCACACAGUAGUCCUGUCACACUUUAUGACUGUCAUGGUAUGAAAGGCAACCAGCAUUGGAGCUAUAAGAAGGACAAAACUUUAUUCCAUACGGUGAGUGGCAGCUGCAUUGAUUGCAAUCCAGCAGAAAAGAAGAUUUCAUGA